AUGGCGGACGAAAGUCAACAAGUCUGGACGUUUUCAUCUGAGGAAGAUUUGCAACGUUCUGUCUGUUCCCUGAUAGCUGAAAAAUCAAAAGAAGCAAUCGCAAAUCAUGGUUUCUUUUCUGUGGCGUUUUCAGGAGGGAGCAGCGCGAAAAUUAUUUGUAAAGGCUUACAGACUGAGGACAUCGACUUUUCAAAAUGGAGGAUCCUGUUUUGCGAUGAACGAUACGUGGAGCUCACAGAUCCUGAUAGUAACUAUAAUAUAGUAAAAGAACAGCUUUUAGAUAAGAUAUCUUCAGCCCCUGAAGUUGUUCUUGCUCUGAACGCUUCGCUACCUCUCGACGAGGCAGCCAAGGAGUACGAAACAAAGUUAAGAGGGCUAUACCCCAAGGAAAAGGGUGUACCCCAACUUGACAUGUUGUUGCUUGGGAUGGGUUCUGACGGGCACAUUUGUUCCUUGUUCCCUGAUCAUCCCUUACUGAAGGAAUCAACCAGAUUAGUGGCGCCAAUAUCAGAUUCACCCAAGCCGCCUCCCUGUCGCAUUACGUUGACGUACCCAGUAAUCCAUGCUGCACGUGGUGCUAUCUUUGUUGCUACUGGGGUAAGCAAAGCUGAAGUAGUCAAGAGGGCUCUUGAAGGGAAAGAAGAAAACCUGUUACCAGCUGCAAGGGUUAAGCUGACCAAUGGCAAGGUGUAUUGGUUCUUGGAUGAGGGGUCAUCAAGUCUGGUCAAGAAGUAGUAUCUGCAGUAUCAAAACAUUGUGAUUAGUAUUUUGAAUCGCACCUUAACAGACUAAAUCGGCUUGGGCAUAAUGUUUUCUCGUUUUAUAGUACACUCAACAAAAUUACUCGACUCUGAUUGGUCAAGAGUAGUACAAUUAUAGCGUUAAUUGUACUCCGUAGGAGUACCGAAUUAAGUCGCUAUGG